AUGGCCCUAUUGCUUAUGCUGUCGCUCCUCCUGCUGGCCCUAGUGGGGGCCCUGCCAGGCGCCUGGGCUGCAUGUCCGGCGGCGGCAGACCUGAAGCCUGCCGACCGGCCUCGCGUGUGCGCCCGCCUCUACGAGAAAAGCGACGCCUACUACGAGAAUUGCUGUGCCGGCGCCGAGCUGAGCCUGGAGCCCGGAGCCGACCUGCCCUACCUGCCAUCGGGCUGGUACCACAGCGCCUCCUCCCUGGUGGUGGGGACCCGCUGUGAGCUCACUGUCUGGUACCGCAGGGGCAAGGGAGGGAAGACCCGCAAGUUCUCGGCCGGAGCCCACCCUCGGCUAGCAGAGUAUCGCCGCGGGAUAUUUGGAGAUUGGAACAACGCCAUAGGCGCUCUCUACUGCAAGUGUAACUAA